GCAGUCUGAAAUGCGGUAGUUACUUUAUUAUCACUUUGCGCUCGUAUGUUAGGUACUCUUAUGAUGCUUCUGGUUUAAAUAAAAAUAGACGGUAAAAAAAUAGGACAACCGCUUCGAACUCACGAUCAGAUGCAAACGCAGCAUACUGUUAACCAUUUUUAAAGAAAAUGGUGCAUCUUAUCAUAAAUAGAAGGAUUUACCUAUGUGUCAGGAAUAGUUUCGCAGUAGCCGGGUUAUGUUGAGUGACAUUUGGGCUUUGACAGUAUGAGCACAGAAAUGUUUCCGUUUGACUUUUCAACAGAAGUUUCCAUAUCCGAAGUAAACGCAAACGGCAAAGAUUCAUCCACGCAAACAAAUCCUGGAGAGAAAAAUGCAUCAAGAACUGCAAGACGACGUCAACAUCAGCCCGAUAAAACAACCAACAACUUUAAAGAAUCUCAGUCAUCAUCGCCAUCACCCCCUAGGUCUCCAUCAAAAUCCCAAAAAGCUUCGUCAAAUACGCGUCGCGAGUCACGUUCGUUUGAAAGCUUUCAAAAGAAGUCAAAGGCCGUCCGAGAGGUGGCAAUGAUAGCUGAAAAACGAAACGAACGGCGGCAGAGACAAGCCGAUGAACGAGCACUAAAAGAACAGAUAAUGAAAGAAGAACAAGGAAACCCAUACUGGGAGUUCGCAGCAAUGGUCAAUGAUUUUAGAGGAAAUAUCGAAUUGCGCCCUCUACGCGAAUCUGACCCAAUUAUUGAAAACCAAAUCACUGUUUGCGUUCGAAAGCGCCCUUUAAAUGAUCGAGAAAAUAAUAAAAAAGAAGUGGACGUCAUAACUGUCCAUUCCAAAGAUAAACUCAUUGUCCAUGAACCGAAGCAUAAAGUUGAUCUCACUAAAUACCUUGAAAAUCAACAGUUUCGAUUCGACUAUGUUUUUGAUGAGACAUGUACAAAUCUUACUGUCUAUAAAUUCACUGCCAAACCGUUGGUUAAAACAAUUUUCGAAGGUGGUAUGGCUACCUGCUUUGCAUACGGUCAAACAGGUUCAGGUAAGACUCACACCAUGGGAGGAGAAUUUAGAGGAAAGUUGCAGAAUUUCAAAAAUGGAAUCUAUGGUCUGGUAGCCAAAGACGUUUUUAAAUUACUCGAGUCACCAAAAUACAAACAAGCAUUUAUGGUUUCCGCAAGUUUCUUUGAAAUUUAUGGUAAAUUGGUAUUUGACCUUUUGUGUAAAAAGCAACGUCUUAGAGUGCUGGAAGACGGAAAACAAAUCGUUCAAGUUGUUGGGUUAACCGAGAAAGUAGUUACUGGUGUCGAUGAUGUGUUAGACUUGAUUCAGAAAGGCAGCAACGAAAGAACGUCUGGUCAAACCUUUGCUAACGCCAACUCCUCAAGGUCCCAUGCAGUAUUCCAAAUUUCUUUGAGAAAAAUAUCAUGUCCCAGUAAACUAGUAGGGAAGUUUUCGUUAAUCGAUUUAGCUGGAAACGAAAGAGGCGCAGACACUUCAAAAUCCAAUAGACAAACACGUAUUGAAGGAGCCGACAUAAACAAAUCUCUUUUGGCCCUUAAAGAGUGUAUUCGAGCCUUAGGCCGCAAAGGUUCUCAUUGUCCCUUUCGAGGCAGCAAACUCACACAAGUAUUGAGGGACUCAUUCAUAGGAGAAAGAUCCAGAACCUGCAUGAUAGCUCUAAUAUCUCCAGGAGUUACGUCCUGUGAACAUACGUUGAAUACACUUCGAUAUGCAGACAGAGUUAAAGAGCUCGUAGUAAACGGUUCGGCUGAUGAUACGCAGAGUAUCUCCCCUAGGGAGAUAUCUGAUGAAGAGGACGACGAAGAUUCACAAUCUAGUUCUGUACAAUACAGUAACUCUCAAAUCAGACUAUCCGAUGGAAAUCAAGAUAUUAGUAACAUACAGGUUGCUGAAAUAGAUGUGUUAGAAAGUAAUCGACUGGUGAUAGAGAAUUGUGUCUACUUCCAUAAAAUGGCAUGCGAAUUAUAUAACAAGAGUCAAUCACAAAGCUUUAACAGAAGAGAAUAUUCACGAACCUGGAGAAAUCUGCUUCAGGAAAUGAUAGAUAUUCAGAAAGACGCAUUGAUAAAAGUUACAGACUUCUGUGCAGCUCUUGAAGCUGAACAGUCCUAAUGAAAGGUAAGAUGGUGAUUAAUGAGGUCUCAGGAUUUUUUGGUAUCUUUCUCGUUUGAUUAUGGUAGUUAUUUGGCGAUAUAAAAAAGUUAUAAUAAAAAACAAAUUGU